GAUUGCGCUUGCUUGUGCAACAAGCUGUAAUUCUCUAGAGCGAUCAGCCAGCGCUUUGUCUCAUCUUCUCGGUCUUCGACUUGCCGGUCGUCAUGACUUCUGGUAGGAAAGAGUCACCGAGAAGCCUCGCAAAUCCGCUGCUGUUGACGCGAGAGAGUCGUGAUCAACGAGAAUCGGACGCGUCUAGAGUCACAAGAGAUCUAAACUAUCAACGGCUAUUGAGCUCUUCAUCAGUCAUCAGUGAAACAGACGAGAAAGAGACAAAAAGCAAGCUCUUGUCUACUCAAACUUCUUGUGAUCACGAUACAUCCACCAAGUCUGCAAUGAAAUUAUCUACUGCAACUUCCUCAAAACUUAUUGGGAAAGGAACCGCAAGAAAAGACUUGACUACAUCAGGAAUCACAAAGAGUGGCCUAUCAACAUUGUCACAACAGACUUUGUUGUCGUCGAGCAGUUUGCUUGGAAAGUCAUCCUCCCAGUCGACAAGUAUCUCCUUGAAAAGCUCGCUUCUGUCUCAUACUACUGGUUCAAGUUUGUCUCAAUUACGUGGAGAAUCGUUGAAGGCAUCGUAUCUCUUGUCUUCGUCGUCACUCGGAGGUAGCACUAGAAGUGUUGGUAGUCUUUCAAGUUCGAAACUCACUACAACUCUUCAGCCUGUCUCACUCUCUCGCUCGUCCCUCCUUUCGUCCACUACAUCCCUCAGUGUUUCAUCUCGACAGCCAAACUUGACGUCAUUCACGACUGCAAAGCCAGCAGAUCACAAACGAACUGAACAUCAAGAUGGAGCUUCUGGUAGAGCACAAGAAGCUCCUCCUUUGGUGGACACUAGAGGAUUUGUUCGGCCACAGUAUGACUUUUCUGGUGGCUUGUCUGAGGCUGCGAGAGUUGUUUCGCUGUCAGAGACGUUUGGUAGGUUUGUGGAAGAUGUGGAGUCGAUACAGUUCAGUCUUGUUGAUGUGGUGGCAUUGAAGACCACGUUGAUCAACUUCGUUGCUGCAUCUCUCAUCUCAGCUCCAAACUUUCGAGAACCAUCUGAUCCCACUCGCACAGCUCUCAUGUCCUUGUGUCAUCAAGUAAUUCAAUAUGAUGCAGAGUUUGUGCUCAAGGUUGCUCUCUAUACUCGAUGUGAGUUGAACAUUCGAACAACAGCAAACUUUCUCAUUGCCGUUGCGUCUAACUCUUCAACUUGUCGUCCUUUCCUUCGGAAGUAUUACUCAGCAUCUAUUCGUCUGCCGUCUGAUUGGAUCGAUGUGGCUGAGUUGUAUCAAGCUUUUCAUGAUAAAUCGCUUAAUUUUGGUUCGUUGCCAACGGCUCUUCGUAAAGCCAUGAUUACAAAGUUUCCACAAUUUGAUGAAUAUCAAUUGGGAAAAUACAACAAGGAGAAGAAGAAGAAACCAGUUAAGAAGACUGAGAAGCCAUGCACAAAAGAGGAACCGGCUAAGGAGGGUCAAGAGGAACCAAGCUUUGAACAUCAGGUGUCUUUAUCUGGUGUAGCCCCAGAUGAAGGAGAAGACCAUCACACAGAUGAAGAACUCGUUCGGCUAUCAUUCACUCUAAAGCAACUGAUUCGUAAACUUCACAUCACAGAACCAGUCAAUCACGUGAUGUGCCUCGUUGGCAAGAAAUACCCUGAUGAUCUGGAGAGCUUCUACAAGAGCAGACUGCCGGGCACAUUUGAUGAACAAAAGGCUGGAAAAAGAAUGAAGUUGCCAACACCAGAAACUUGGGAGACGCAGGUGUCCUUGAAGGGCAACAAGGCAUCAACAUGGGAGGAACUUAUUGAUCAUCGUAAGUUGCCGUUUAUGGCCAUGCUGCGCAAUCUCAGAAAUCUGAUUUUGGCUGGGAUAUCACGUAAACACCAUGGCUGGGUGAUCAAGAAACUUACAGAUGAGGGAUCUGUGAUUAACAGUCGUCAGUUUCCCUUUCGAUUCUUUUCUGCUUUCGAAGUUCUCAGCGAAUUGGAAAAGAUGGCUUCAGAACCAGUGUCAGCUAUGAAAGUGAAGAAAACACUGCCGACACCACAACUCAUUGCUGCUAAACGAAGGCAUCAUUUUGCAACGCAAGCUGCUAAAAUACUGAAAGCGGAUUUUGAGAUUAUUGCUCGUUAUCGACAAUCACUGGACAUGGCUGUGAAAAUUGCUACUCGUCACAAUGUGAAGCCAAUUCAUGGUCGAACGGUCAUCUUUUGCCAUGUGGGGUCUGGUGGAGACAGGCCUUGCACUUCGUUUAGAGGAAUAGGCAAACCAAGAACGAUCCUAGAAGUUGGCCUGCUGUUGGGCCUGAUGUGCAAGUAUGCGUGUGAGGAGUGUGAUUUUCGCAUUUUUGGUAACGAACAGUUUGUAAAAGUGUCACUCGGAAGUGAAUCCAUAUUGGAGAGUGUUCAGACAUUACAAACAGAGAUACAAAGAAAGUCGAUGAUGACGUCUGCGGUGAACGUGAUGGGGUCCACUCUAAUGGACAUGUUGAGAGAUCAUUUGCAGAUUGACAAUCUCAUCGUCUUGAACACCAAUCAAACCACAAGUCAGUCCUCAUUCUAUUCCGACUUUCUCUACAAGUACAGACGCGUCGUGAACAACAAGCUGUUGUUUGUGAAUGUUGACUUGGGUGGUGCACGUGCAAGAGUGUUGAUGGAUCAGGCUCGGGCACACGAGAAUGAUGUUUAUCUGUCUGGUUACAGUGAUCAGAUUUUGAGGUUUGUUGCAGAGCGCGGUGGAGGUGGACAGCUGUUGCAUGUAGAGCAGAUAGAUCAAGCAUAUAAUGUGAAAUCCAUCAAGAUAGCAAACACAUUGCUUCACUCGCCGUCAGCUCUACCUCCUGCUGUAGACUCGGUAUCAACAUCAGUGACAGCUCCUGUGCCAAAAUGGAGGACGGUGCGUGUUUUCAUCAGUUCAACAUUUAAGGACAUGCAUGGUGAACGAGAUCUGUUGACACGGUUUGUUUUUCCUGAGCUGCGGGCUCGAGCGAAGCAGAGGUACAUCAGUGUGUAUGAGAUGGAUUUUCGCUGGGGAGUGACAGAGAAGGAAAUGCAUAGUGACAAAGGCAUCGAGAUCUGUCUCAGCGAAGUAUCAAAAUGUGACCUUUUUAUUGGUCUUCUUGGCACUCGAUACGGAUGGACUCCAAGCAAGUAUGUCGUACCCAACACUCCAGAUUUUGACUGGGUAAAGACAUAUCCAUCUGGACGAUCCAUCACAGAACUGGAAAUUCAGCAGACAAUUGGGCAAGGAAAAGAGAGAGCCGACGAACGAGCGUUCUUCUAUUUCCGAGAUUCGGAUUUUCUUGAGAAUGUGCCUGAAAGUGUCAAGCCAUCAUUCACUGCAGACAAGCCAGAACAUCAACGACGACUUCACGAACUAAAACAGCAAAUCAGAACGAGUGGAUGUGAGGUCUUCGAUGGUUAUUCGUGUCAUUGGGGUGGCGUUGUUGACGGGAAACCGAUGGUCACUGGACUGGAAGAGUUUGGAAGUCGAGUGUUGAAUAAUGUUUGGAAUGCAAUUUGUAGGAAGUUUCCUGACGAGGAUGCGUUUGCUGACCAGCUGAUUGAAGAAGAGGCUCUUCAUGAUGCAUUUGCUGAGCACAGGAGGAAGGAGUUUGUUGGCAGGAAGAAUUUACUUAAGCAAGCACAACUUAUGAUUGAGAGGAUGGAAGAGGGAGUGAUCGCAUUUGUAGGGAAGCAGGGCUGUGGAAGAACGUCACUGAUGUCUGCAUUUCUCUACCAAUAUGCUGACUCAAGAGCUUGCUCUUCCCGUCACUUGAUCAUCUCUCACUUUGUGGGCAUCACUCCAGGAUCUUCGAACAUUCUGUCUGCUCUUAAACGAAUCAUGUCAGAGCUGAAAGUUCGCUUUCACUUGACGUUGACCGUGCCAGAUGAAUUCCAUGAACUUGUUUCAGUCUUCUCACAGUUCCUGACAUCUUCAGUCGAAAUUUGCGGCAGCUCUUCUCGUCUCGUUGUUUUCAUGGAUGCACUUGAUGCUCUUGAUCCUUCCCAUCAGGCACACACUCUUGAAUGGCUGCCUGAUCCUUUACCAAAGGGAGUUGUGUUUGUUGUGAGUGUCAUUGAUGGUGGACAAUUAGCUGCAUCACUUGAGAGACGAACCCAGAAACCAAACUAUGUUACCGUUGGAGGACUAGACAUGUUUGACAAGGCAGAAGUCGUACGCCAGUCACUCAAGCAACACCGGAAAUCUCUGGAUGAGUUACCAUUUAAUAACCAAUUGAAACUGCUGCUUAGCAAGAAGGAUGCAACUGUGCCUCUGUAUUUAAGCAUUGCUUGUGAGGAGCUUCGUGUCUUUGGAGUCUUUGAGAAGGUGUCAGAAAAGUUGAAAAAAAUGCCAACAUCUCUGAGUGGUUUACUCCAAGACGUAAUUCAGAGACUGGAGAGUGACCAUGGACAAGAACUCUUGUCUACCGCACUGCAGUUGCUGUGCUGCACCAGAAUAGGUUUGAGUGAGUCUGAGCUGAUUGGAUUGCUAAGGUUACAUCAGACUUUCUCAUCUCAGAUGAUGAAGUUAUCUCCAUUGGAUUCAUCACUAAAGGAUAUCCUUGAUGGUAGAGUAGCAGACUGUGUGCCUCCGGUUCGAUUCUCUCAUCUAGUGAGGAGCUUACGAGGCUUCUUGCAGCCGACAGCAGAAUUAAGUGAAGGUCUUCUAGUUUUGGCUUACACGGCUGUUAUUGAUGCUGUCAAGCUUCGAUACAGGAAAGGCUCUUCAUUACAUCAAGACAAUAUCCUUCACCGUCUCUUGGCAGCUUACUUCUAUUGGGAAAUUGAUCCAAAGGGUGACAAGUCAUUUGAUGGAGCUAACAAGAGAGCAUUGAGUGAAUUGCCUCAUCACUUGGCAUCUGCAGGCCUUUUCUCUGAGUUAGAGGUCGUGUUGUGUGAUUUGCAUUUCAUUGAAACCAAAUGUCUUGUUGGAUUGGGUGGACAGCUUCCUGACGACUUCGUGGUUGAACGAAGGGAAGGAAUGACGACUGCACAAGAGAGAGAGCAUCAGCGUUUCUUAGAUAACCAAAGUGUGAAUGAUUAUCGCCUGUUUAUUUUGAAGAAUCUGCAUAUCAUCUCACGAUAUCCCAGUUUGGUUCUUCAACAGGCAUUGAAUGAGCCCAGCUGUUCUGUGGUAUCUCAAGCAGCUCAACAGUUUGUCACAUCACAAAGUCAAGCAUCGCAGCUUCUGUCUUGGAGCAACAAAAGGGAAGGAAUGGACCCGUGUAAGACGACUCUGACGGGAUUUAGUCAGGCUGUGAAUGUUGUCACCAUUUCACCCAAUAGAAAACACUUGGCUUGCGGCUCAUUCGAUUGCACACUCAAACUCUACGAUCUCACGACCGGAAAAGAAUUGAGGUCAUUCGUUGGCCAUUCUGAUGCCAUUUCAGGUUGCUGCUUUGCUGGUGUUUCACGCCUUUGCAGUGCAUCUGUUGACGGGAAGCUCAGUUUGUGGGAUGUAGAGGAAGGCCAUCGAGUGUCCAUGAUGCAUCGUCACAAGCGGCGUGUUGGCUCUUGUGCAUCUGAUCCGGCAGGCAAGUUAAUCGUUUCUGUUGGAUGGGACUGUGCAGUGUACGUGUGGAAUGCAAAGGAUGGCAAGCAAGUGUGUGAAUUGAAGGGAGAAAAACGACCAAUCAAUUGUGUUGAUUUUCAUCCUGAGGGUGACUUUGUGGUUACUGGUAGUUGGGAUGCUAGUCUGAAGAUUUGGGACGUUUUCAAUAAGAAGAAAAUUAAGACCUUGAGAGGACACCAGGCUGCUGUUCGAGCUGUUGCCUAUUCACCCACUGGACUCCAAAUAGCUUCUGCAUCGCUAGAUGGUGAGGUCAAACUCUGGUCUUCUCUUGCUGGAUCUCAGGUAGGAACAAUUGCUGGCCACUCACAGCCCAUAAAUCGGCUUUGUUUUACUCACUUGGGUCAUCAUCUUGUAACAGUCAGUGAUGACCAACUUAUCAAGGUUUGGAGUGGACAACUUGGAAAGCCAGUCAACUCCAUUGCAUCAGGAAAGGCACUUGGCAGCAUACAUUGUCUCUCCAUCUCGCCUGAUGGUCACUUUGUUGCCAUUGGAUACCACGGAAAGACUGUUCGCAUUUGCAGACUGGAGGAAGAGACAGAGAUAUGUGUGAUGUCAGAUGUGCAUGGUGCUGCUGUGUGCUGCAUCACAUGGAGUGGAGAUGGGCAAUCACUUGUGUCGGGAUCAGAUGACUGCACACUGAAGGUAUUUGAUACGCAAGACGUCCACAAUACUAGGCAGCUGUGCAGCCUCAUUGGUCAUCAAAAAGGUGUCUGGUGUGUCGCAUGCAGUGACCAGAGGAUUGCAUCAGGAUCAGAGGACUUUACAGUCAACAUCUACUUUACAGCAGGACUAAAGAAAUCUACACAAACAGCAGGUGUUGUUCCUAAGAAAGUGUUGACUCAUCACACGGCUCCUGUGACUGGAUUGUGUUUCACCAGUGAUGGAAAACAACUCAUAUCUGCCAGCCGCGACAGGUCUUUGGUGGUGUGGAGUGUCACUGGUGAGCCAAUCAAAGUGUUGCACGAGUGUCAUAAGGAUUGGAUUUCUGCGUGUGCAAUAGCUGACAACGACAGUUACUUGGUGACUGCUUCAAACGACUUCACCCUCAAACUAUGGAGCAUGAAAACAUAUUCAGAGAAAGCUGUUUUCACAGGACACGUCGGAGCGAUCAACAGUGUAGCAAUAAAGGCUGGAUGUGUUGUAUCAGCCAGUGUUGAUGGCACAGUCAAGGUGUGGAGUCACCGUGGUGUAGAAAUCACGACUCUUCAUGGCAAUGGACAGCGUGUGAAUGCUUGUGCUGUCCACGUUGCCAAGAGCGACAACGCAGGUGGAGAGUCGUCUUCCUCGUGGGCAGAAAUGGUGCAGGAUGCGACAGAUUUUGAAGAGAAAGGGACGACCUUCAAUGUGGCAGACGUCGUGGUCACUUCAGGACGGGAUGAUGGAACUGUUUCAGUGUGGAAAGCAUUGCAGGCACAUGAAUUGAACUCACUGGUGGGACAUUCAGAUCGUGUUGUUGGUGUCACAACCAAUGGAACAGACAUCAUAACAAGUUCUUUUGACAAGACUGUGAAAAUUUGGUCACCGAAACUCGAUGAUGCGACUGUUCUUUUCUUCUCUCAUGGUGGUGCAGUGACAUCUGUGGUUAUGUCUCAGUGUGGCAACUGGGCUCUGUCAAGCAGCAGAGAUGGCAUGGUUGCUGUGUGGAAACUGUGGGUAGAUGAUGAAGAUCAGGUUUUCAAAAAUCAAUUGUUUUGUAGUUUUAAGACACAUGACGACUCAACCAAUGCAGUCUGCUUCAUCUCCACCAGCAAAACACAGAUCAAAUUCGUCACAGCCGGCAAUGAUGGCUUUGUCACAUUCUGGGUGUGUAACAUUACUGCAUCACCAGCUCGCGUUCCAACAGCAACAGAGAAACACCAACACAGCACAAGACCCGUCACAUGCCUAGCCUACAACAGCAAGUCCGGAUACCUUGUCUCUGGUGGUUGGAAUGGCAUCGUAAGCUUCUGGAAUGUGACAAAGAAGAAAGUGAGACGAGCUAGGCAAUUAAAGAGUCAGAAUGAGUGGAUUCUAACGUUAGCAUUUGUUGGCGAUUCUCAUCUUGUUGUUGGAACAGCCGGCAACGAAAUUUCAGUGUGGGAUCUCACUGAGUUCAAAUGUGCGUGUAACGUCUAUGCCCAUGCAGACUCUGAUGAUAAGGAGAAUAAAAACAAAUGCUGGCCAGCUGCAUUGUGUAUUACUCAGCAGGCUUGUCUCACUCAGCUCAUACCACAAGCAGGAAAUCUUGUAGCAAUCGCAGGCGACACUAUGGGUCUGUUGACUGUACGAGACGUUAGUUCACUGAAGGAAUUGUGGAGUAAGAAGGUUCACAGUUCGCCUGUGACAUCAAUAGCUGUGGGGAUCGGCUCGAUCUACACGUCAUCGGGUGACGGCACCAUCAAAGUGUGGAGUUGUACGGAUGGCAAGCAGGUUGGUCAGUUCUUCUGCCGUGCACCUGUCACGACGAUGGCGCUUGUGUGUGUGCGCGGAUACGACACACUGAUUGCUGGUGACAGCAUCGGCAAUGUUGAAUUUCUAGCCACUGUGUAAGGGUAUGACACAAACGUUUUCGCUGAUAGGCAAUUGUAGCACUGUGGUCAGUUGUGUUUGAUGUUGGUGUGUGUGGUUUGGUGUUUUUGUUUAACAGAAUGUCGUGUAAGCUGAGGAAUAGAUUAAUAUUAAUGAGUA